AUGUUUAGUAAAUCUCUCGUUUCUCUCUCUUUUUUAUCAGUCUCUCUUCUUUUCUCUCUCUCUUUAUCAGACUCUUCUAUCUGUUUAUCAGUUGCUUCUUCUGUUUCUCUCUCCCUUUUUAUGAUUCAUUAUUCUUUUCCCUCUAUCAGAGUUGCAUCUUCCUCUCUCCCUCUAUCAGAGUUGCAUCUUCCUCUCUCCCUCUAUCAGAGUUGCAUCUUCCUCUCUCCCUCUAUCAGAGUUGCAUCUUCCUCUCUCCCUCUAUCAGAGUUGCAUCUUCUCUCUCCUCUAUCAGAGUUGCAUCUUCCUCUCUCCCUCUAUCAGAGUUGCAUCUUCCUCUCUCCCUCUAUCAGAGUUGCAUCUUCCUCUCUCCCUCUAUCAGAGUUGCAUCUUCCUCUCUCCCUCUAUCAGAGUUGCAUCUUCCUCUCUCCCUCUAUCAGAGUUGCAUCUUCCUCUCCCUCUAUCAGAGUUGCAUCUUCCUCUCUCCCUCAUCAGAGUUGCAUCUUCCUCUCUCCCUCUAUCAGAGUUGCAUCUUCCUCUCUCCCUCUAUCAGAGUUGCAUCUUCCUCUCUCCCUCUAUCAGAGUUGCAUCUUCCUCUCUCCCUCUAUCAGAGUUGCAUCUUCCUCUCUCCCUCUAUCAGAGUUGCAUCUUCCUCUCUCCCUCUAUCAGAGUUGCAUCUUCCUCUCUCCCUCUAUCAGAGUUGCAUCUUCCUCUCUCCCUCUAUCAGAGUUGCAUCUUCCUCUCUCCCCAUCAGAGUUGCAUCUUCCUCUCUCCCUCUAUCAGAGUUGCAUCUUCCUCUCUCCCUCUAUCAGAGUUGCAUCUUCCUCUCUCCCUCUAUCAGAGUUGCAUCUUCCUCUCUCCCUCUAUCAGAGUUGCAUCUUCCUCUCUCCCCCCUCUCCCUCUCUCCAUCUCUCUCCCCCUCUCCCUCUCCCCCCCUCUCCCCCCCCCUCUCCCCCUCUCCCCCCUCUCUCCCCCCUCCCUCUCUCCCCCACUCUCCCCCCCCUCCCCUCUCUCCCCUCUGUUUUCAAUCUCUUUCCUUUCUGUUUUUCUUUUUCUCUCUCCCUCUUGCAUUUCUCUUACUUUUCUUCUCUCUCCUCCUUGAGCUGA